GCGCAAUGAUCAAUUUGCGACCAGAGACUAGAGUCUGAAGCGAGCGUUGCGGGGAUAAGUGACCAGCGUGGCCAAGGACGUGCAUUGCAUCGCGCUCCACCGCCACCGCCAUCACCGUCGCGCUGCUCCGUCCAGCGCUCUCAAUUGUGCCCUCACGCGUAUCGUCAGUGCCUUGUCGCUUGCCUGUCAGCGCUGUGCGACGCCCGUCGCUGCCUCUGUCGCCCGUCGGAGCGUCGAUCGCCAUGGCGCUGGACGGCGCCGCGCGGCCCCUCGGCGCGGAGCGGGCGGGCGAUCAGACGGUGUGGCGCGCCGCCGAUGCCGCCCUCGCCGCCGCUUGCGCCGAGCUGUCGUGGGGCGAGCUGGUACACGGGGAGAGCUUCAGCCUCUUCGAAGCCAUGGCGGCCCUAGAGAUGAUGGACCCCAAGAUGGAUGCGGGCAUGGGGGGAGGCAGGGGGGGAGGCAGGGUCGCGGGCAGCGGGCAUAAAGGGGGGAGGGGCGAGGCGGAGAGUGUGGGGGAGGCGGUGGAGCGGGGGCUGCUGCCACUGCCUCUGCCAGCAGACCGGCUUGUGGACCUUUGCGACUCGCUGCUCUGCGCCCAGGCGACGUGGCACAGCGGGCACAGCCUGCCGCAGACGGUGUUCACGUGCGCGUACCUGCUGCUGCCGCCGCUCGCCCCCCAUGCCUGCACGCCCCCGCUCUCGCUCUCGUCCUGCCCGCUGCUGCUCGCACUGCUCUCCGCGCUGCUCGCCACCCUCAACUGUGUGCGCUCCGCCGCCUGCUGGGCCGACCAGCGCGAGGAGGAGGACUUUGUGACGUCAGCGGGGGGGCUGCCCCUGGAGGGGCGCGUGGGGGAGGCGGCCGUGGCGCCGCUGAGGGCGCUGCUGGGGGCCGUGGAGGGGGUGGCGCGGGGGGGAAAGGGGGCGGGGACAGCAGCCACGCAGGCCGUGGUGGAGGACGAGCAGGCGUUUGGGUGCCAGCUGCACGGGCUGCCCCCGCAGCUCCUGGCCGCCCUGCUGGCGCGCAUGCACUUCACACUGGCUCUGUUUGACGUGCUCUCCGCCCUGCAGGCGGCCCGCCAGCCCGCCCACCUGCCUGCGUGUGCGCUCAAGGUGCGCGCCGCCCAGCAGGCGCUGCACCGCCUCACCGCCACGCCGCCCCCCCUUGCACGUCCUGCUGGCGCUGGCAGCAGGAUGGAGCAUCCUGAGGGGGCGGGAGGGGAAACCCAGGCAGAGCAAGGGAGUGCCGCCCACACCGCAUCCGGGCGGGCGGCGGUGGGCAUGUGCCCCGCCAUUAACAGACACCUGCUGCCGCCCACGCCACCGCGAUCAACGCGCUUGCUGACAUGGCAAGAGGCCUUGGACCACGUUUCGCGCCUGCUGGCGCACCUCGCCCUCAUCUGCCACAUGCCCGCGCGCUCGCCGCCCGACCUGCUGGCCCUGCAUCGCUUCCUCGCGCACUUCCGCUCCGCCAGGCCCGGCCCUGUGGCGCGCGCAUCGCUGCAGCUGCUGCUGCUGCGGGACGGCCGCAUAUUGGGGCACGACCCCUUGGAGGUCGUCAUGCACGCGCUGCACCUCCCUCUCGCGCUGCUGCCAGCUGCUCCACGCACGCAGCAACAGGAGGGGCAGAAGGGGCAGAGUGGGGCGGCAGGUGCAGCAGCAGGUGGUGCCUCGGCUGCGGCGUUGACGCCGUUUGUGAGCAAGGCGUCACAUGCAGUGCAGGCGGUGCUGCGAGCGCUGUGCGCCAACGGCGCGCGGGAGCGGCGCAUGCUGGGCAAGCUGCUGCCCGACUGGAACCGCCUGCUCACUCUGGCGGGCGACGUGGAUGCGUGUGAUCCCGUGGUGCACGUUGCCACGGCCACCUUCUCUCAGGGGUGGUGGCGGGAGAGCGUGGCGACGAGCUGGGUGGUGGAGCACACGUGUCGCAUUGUCAUUCGCUACCUGCUGCUCGGCUUCUCCACGCGCCUCUACGCGCCCUCCGAGUUCCUCCCCGCCUUCUGGUACGUGGACAGUGUGUUGGCCACGCUCAUUCACAACGUGUCGGCCCGGGAAGCUGCCAUGCAGAAGCCCUCCACAGCGCCUCCCUCCCGCAAGGCCCGUCGCAAGCCGGCUGCCCCUCCCCACGCUCCCUCGCCCCCGCCGCCGUCGCUGGACCUGGCGCUGCUCACCACGUACCAGCUCAUGUGCAAGGGCUACGUGCGGCUGCUGGCGGCCUUCUCGCUCGAUGGCAAGCUGCCCCACCGCCCCUCGCCCUUCAACGCUGACCGCCAGCGCUACAACCAGCGCUUUGCGGUGCUCAAGCGAGUGCAGCUGCCGGAGCCCCUCUCCUACGCCGCCUUCCACCGCUCCGUCUCCCCCGCUGGCCUCUCCGUCCCAGAGCUCUACCAGAUGGCACUGGACCUGUUCCGCUCUGCUGCUGGCCAGCUGCCCAACAUCCAGGCACUAGCAGAUGCGGCAGCCGGCGGUGAUGCGAGCAGCGACCCCGUGGUGGCGGAGCUGGAGCAGGUGCAGCGCGUGUGCGCCAGCAACUGCACCGCGCUUUUCGUGGCGCACAGAGCCGGCGCUGGCUCAGUGCUCAAGGUCUCCUUUGAGUUCAACGCCCAUCCUUUCUUUCCCGUGGUAGCUCUCAAGCGUGCAUAGGCGAAACAUUUGCUGAAUGCUUGCCACUUGCACAGGAUACAGCCGUGCUUUUUCUUCCAACAGAAUUUUAGGGAUUUUGAAGUGUAUCCCAAGGCCUGCCCCAGAUGCCAUCCUGUAACUUGAUCUGAUCACAGGCCAUAUUAUGAAGGGCAAAAUAUCCUGAUGAACCUUGCCAGCGG